AUGGCAUCUCAAACAAUGUUUAAUAAUUCACCAAAUAUUCUAAAUGGAAAUGAUCCAAAAAAUGUUUUUGCAACAAAUUAUUCCGUAGAAGAAAUCGAACGUAUAAUCAAUGAUUUUUAUUCACCAACAUCUCAAUUAACUGUUUCACAACGUCAACAAUUAAAUAGUAUUCUUGAAUGUUUACAAUAUUCUCAAAUAGCAUGGGAUUUUUCUUGGAAAUUAUUAAAUACAAAUAAAUCAUCAAGUGUACAAUUUUUUGGUGCUGUUGCUUUGUGUAAUAAAAUUUCAAAACAUUUAUCAGAAUUAGAUGAUAAUCAAAUUCAACAAUUAUUUCAACAACUUAUUCAACGUUUAAUUUUUUAUAUAUCAAUUAAUUCAAAGCAAAUUACAAUUAAAUUAGUUGUUGCUUUAGGACAUUUAAUAUUAAAUAUGAUGCCAGAUAAAUGGAAAAAUGGUAUAACAGCAAUUAUUGCAUUAUUUACACAAUCACAAAAUGAAUUUUUAAUCGAACAUCCGGAAAAAGGUCAUUUAAUUGUUUUAAAUAUACUAACUAUUCUUCCUGAAGAAUUUUCACGUAUCGUUGUAUCUAAAGCUCAGCGUGCUUCAAUUCGAGCUGAACUCGAAAGUCAAUUCCCUACUGUUCUUAAUUAUAUACAAUUUAUUAUUUCUACAUAUAAUCAAACAGAUAUUCUUAGUAAAAUGUUUUCAUGUUUAUCAAAAUGGCUUGAAUUUGGUAUAUCAAUUAUUAAAGUUGAAUCACUUUUUGAUUAUUUAUUUAAUUCAUUAAAUAAUGAAAAUAUAUUUGAUGAUGCUUCAAAUUGUAUUAUUGUACUUUUUACAUCACCGGAUGCACUUAAAUAUCCACCAAUAUUUUCACGUCUUUUACCAUAUGUUUUACAACUUGAAUCAAUACUUGAUCAAUCAUUAAUGAUUGGUGAUAAAGAAAAAGCAGAAUGUAUAACAAAAUUAAUAACACAAUUUGGUGAAAAUCUUGCUCAACUUAUUAUUCAAAUGGCUAUUACACCUAAUCAACAAUCACAAACACUUGCACAUAGAUUUUGUUGUCUUGUUAUGAAAUGUACUGAUAUGAAAGGACAAUAUCCCGUUGAGGAAGCAUGUUCGGAAUUAACAUUUAGCUUUUGGUAUGCAUUACAGGAAGAAGUAACUUCAAUAGAUGAUGAUGAUAAACGAAUCAUUUUAUUAGAAUUAUUUCGUCCAUAUUUUGAACGUUUAAUUGAAGUAUUAAUUUCUAAAGGACAAUUACCAGAUAAUGAGAGUAUUUUUACAAGUGAAGAUAAAGAAACAUUUCGAUGUUAUCGUGUUGAUAUAACAGAUACAAUGAUGUGUAUGCAUAAUGUUCUUGGUAAUCGAGCCAUUGAAGUAUUAGCAAAUCAUUUAUUAUUAGCUGUUGAACAAAAUCAAUCAUGGCAGCGGCAAGAAUCAAUUAUUCAAUUAGUUGGUGCCGGUUCUGAAUAUGUUCCACUUGAUGAAAAUCAAAUCUUACCACGAAUUUUUUUACUUUUACCAAAAUUAAAUUUUUGUAAUAGUUCAAUUAUAAAUGCAACUCUUAUGGUGCUUGGACAAUAUAGUAGUUGGUUAGGUCAUCAUCAAGAAACAUUACAAAAUUGUGUACAUUUAUGUAUUAAUGCAUUAUCAAAUCCUGAAUUAAUUCAAUCAGCUUCAAUUGCUUUAAAGGAAUUAACAAUGGAAAAUCGUCUGUAUAUGUCAAAAUAUCUUAAUGAUAUAUUUCCAAUAAUUAAAAAUGUGCUUGAGAAUGUACAAGUUCAACCAAAUGAUCGUAUUCGUUGUGUAGCAAUAAUUGGUUAUAUUCUAUCAGCAUAUCCAUCAAAAAUUGUUAUUGAUCAUUUAAAUAUAUUACUUGCACCUGAAGUUAAUAAAUUACUUGCUUAUUUAUCGGAAACAAAUGUUGAUCAAAAUGCAAUAUUACGAAAACAAAAUAUUUGUACAACAUUAAGUUUUAUAUCUGUGCUUAUUACCACUAUUGGUUAUUGUGGUGAUCAAAGUGAUGCUGAUGAAAAUGAACAACAACAAAAAACAGCAGAAACUAUUAGUGAAAUACCUGAAGUGUUAUGUUGUGUUCUACGUGAUCUUACUCCAAUUCUUCAUUUGAUUCUUAAACAAUAUGCUGAUGAUAGUGAAGUAACAGAAAAAUUAUGUGAAAUACUUUCACGAACAGUAACAACAUUAAGAGAAUCCAUUAGUCCAAUAUUAAAAUCUCUUUUAGAACUUUCACAAAACAUUGGACCAAAUAUAUUGCAUGCACAAUUUUUAAAUUUUGUUAGAAAUACACUUCUUCUUUUUUCACAAGAUACAGAUAAACAAAUGUUUAAUUUAUUUAUUGCUGUUCUUCAAAGAUUUGGAUACCUUUUUAAAGGAGAUAUACAGUGGUUAAAAGAUCAUGUUGAUAUUGUAGAAGAUUUUGCUAAUUUUCUUAUUCAAAUUAUUAAAAAAUUACCAACUGUUGUACAUCAUUGUCCUAAUGAAGCAUUUGUUUUACUUUUUCAAUUCGUAAAAAGUGGUCUUCAAUUACAUGAACAAACAACAUUAAGAAGUAUUACAAUGUUUACAUCUAAUUAUAUUGAAUAUACGAAAUCAAAUCAACGAGCAGCUGAUCUUCUAAGACAAAAUGGUCUUGAAAUAGUUCAGAUUCUUCUUAAGUGUAUUGGUGGGGCAAGUCCACGCCAUUUAGUUGAUACAUUAUCAUUACCAUUAUUUACUCUAUCAAAAUUAUAUAUUGAUUGUACAUCAAAUUGGGUUCAACAAUGUUUAAAUGAUCCAAAUUUUCCUACACCAUCUCCAAAACGUCAUCAUCGUGAAGCAUUAAUUAAAGCAUUAACAUCUGAACGUACAAGUCGUGCAAAUUUUAAAGAUCAUAUAAAUACAUUUUCAUCGGCAUGUCGUGGAAUAGAUUAUAGUGGAACAUCAUCAACUAGAAAUCAUUCAUGA